CCCGCCUCCAAAGCGGGAAGGGGGUGGAGCUGCUGUUUUAUGAGGGCGGCACCGAGCCCAGGGCAUCAGUCGAGGUGUGAGCUGCUGCAGUGUCAGAGUCAAGUCGAACAGGAUUCACCGUGACACCGACACCGACACCGGGGACUCUCAGAGCCAUAGGCACCAUGUCCGAUCCAGGAGAUGCCCGUCCAGUUCCAUACAGGAGCAAGGUGUGUCGCCGUCUCUUUGGCCCCGUGGACAGUGAGGAAUUGCGCCGAGACUGUGAUGCCCUCAUGGCCAGCUGCCUCCAGGAGGCCCGGGAACGGUGGAACUUCGACUUUGUGACGGAGACUCCGCUGGAGGGCAACUUCGCCUGGGAGCCCGUACGGGGUUUGGGGCUGCCCAAGCUCUACCUGACCCCCGGCUGCAGGGGUGGCCGUGACGACCUGGGAGGGGACAAGAGGCCCAGCACCUCUGCCCUGCUUCAGGGACCAGCUCUGGAGGACCAUGUGGACCUGUCGCUGUCCUGCACCCUGGUGUCUCACUCCCCUGAGAGGCCUGAGGACUCCCCAGGUGGGCCCGGAACCUCUCAGGGCCGAAAACGGCGUCAGACUAGCAUGACAGAUUUCUACCACUCCAAGCGCCGGCUGGUCUUCUCUAAGAGGAAGCCCUAAAUGUGCCAUGAGAGGCCGAGAACUCUCCUACAGUGGGCCCAAAUGCCCUUUCCCCAUCCUCUGCCUUAACCCUUCCUUCAGUCUGUGUGUCUUAAUUAUUAUUUGUGUUUUAAUUUAAACAUCUCCUGUAUAUACUCUGCCUGCCCUCCCCUAUCCUCUAACU